AUUCAGCGCCUCAAUCAGGCAGCGGGGGCUCCGUGCAGUUGAGUGCUGGCAGGGAGCUGGUUAACACUGACACGGCUGGCUGGUUUUAAUAGGGAGGUAGUGGAGAGAGGGCGAGGUACAGCACACAGCACAGCCGACACCUGCAAACACUUGACUGGACUCGUACAGAGAGUGAGCGCGUCUGACUCUGGAAUACUAACGGAUUUGCCCCUCAUGAUAUUGUGAAAAUGACAGUGCGGCUGGAAAUGGAAAAGUUUUUUUGAGCUCCGCGUAAUUCUCAAAGGGUAACCGGUUUAUAAACGCUAGCUAAUACUUUAACUGCGGCGACUGGAAACUUUGGCAACUGAGAAAGAACGAAGAAAGAACCUAAAAGACUACAAACAAAUGGACAUUGACGCGUUUAUGUGUAUUUUGUGACUGUUUUGUUCGCAUCGGACAGCUGUGUGCCACGGAAUGUAACAUCUUCCAUCUUAAGUUACCUGGACAAGAAAUCUCGGUGGGUAAACUGCUGCCAUUAUCAUGAACAUGAUGCAAACCCUGCUUCUCAUCCUGAGCUUGUGUGUCUGGGGUUGUCAUGGCAAUGCCCGCACAACACCCCGAGUGCACCUGUCAUAUAAAGAGUUACUGGAGACAAAAACCAUACGGCCGUUCAGUUUCUCCUUCAACACCAGUGACUACCGAAUUCUGCACAUGGACCAAGACCAAGGCCGGCUCUACCUGGGCAGCUGUGAAUAUCUGGUCUCUCUAGACAUGCAAAAUGUCAAUAAAGAACCCCUUAUUAUUCACUGGCCAGCAACGGCGCAAAGAAAAGGGGAGUGUAAAUUAACUGGCAAAGGUGGACAGGGAGAGUGUGCUAACUUUGUGCGUCUGAUUGAGCCAUGGAACAGGACUCACCUGUACACCUGUGGCACAGGAGCGUAUAAACCCAUCUGCACCUUCAUCAACAGAGGCUGGAGAGCUGAGGAAUACCUCUUCCGGCUUGUUCCUGGGUAUGUGGACUCUGGAAAAGGAAAGUCUCCUUAUGAUCCCCGGCAGGAGAAUGCAGCAGCUCUGAUCAAUGGGAACCUGUAUGCUGGAGUACAUGUGGACUUUAUGGGUACAGAUCCAGCCAUCUUCAGAACCUUGGGAGACCGUCCCGCUGUCAGAACCGAGCAGUAUGACUCCCGAUGGCUGAACGAGCCAGUGUUUAUAAAAAUCCAGAAGAUUCCAGACAGUGCGGAGAAGAAUGAUGAUAAGCUUUACUUCUUCUUUCGGGAGAAGAGCUUAGAUGCUUCGGGGGGCAGCGCUCCAAGCGUCCUCGCGAGAGUAGGCCGAGUCUGUCUGAAUGAUGAUGGAGGUCAAAGGUCAUUGGUGAAUAAGUGGACGACGUUCCUCAAAGCACGACUGGUCUGUUCUGUGAUUGGUGCAGACGGUGUUGAGACCUACUUUGAUGAACUCAGGGACGUUUUCAUCCAGAGGACCCAUGAUGAACGGAACCCCAUCGUGUAUGCUGUGUUCUCCACAGCUGGCUCUGUGUUUAAAGGCUCUGCUGUGUGUGUGUACUCAAUGGCUGACAUCAGAAAUGUCUUCAAUGGACCGUUCUCUCACAAACAUGGUCACAACUAUCAGUGGACACCCUACACUGGCAAAAUCCCUUACCCUCGCCCGGGGACUUGUCCUGGAGGAACCUUCACCCCUGAUCUCCACACCACUAAAGCCUUCUCUGAUGAGGCUGUAAACUUUGUGCGUGCCCAUCCGCUGAUGUAUCAACCUAUAUAUCCAAUACACAAGCGCCCCCUGGUGGUCAGGACUGGAGUUGAUUACCGUUUCACCACCAUUGCUGUGGACCUGGUGGAUGCUGUGGAUGGAAGAUACGAGGUGCUCUUCCUGGGCACAGAUCGUGGAACAGUCCAAAAAGUGAUUGUCUUACCAAAAGACAUCAGCACAACAGAAGAGCUCAUUCUGGAAGAGGUUGAGGUUUUUAAGACUCCAGCAGCUGUCAAAACUCUGAAGAUUUCUUCUAAAAGGCAACAGUUGUACGUGUCCUCAGAAAGGGGUCUUACCCAGGUUUCCCUGCACAGGUGUGCCGUUUAUGGCAAGGCCUGUUCAGACUGCUGCCUGGCCCGAGACCCUUACUGUGCCUGGGAUGGAGAACACUGCUCUGCUUUCACCCCGGCUACCAAGAGGAGAAGCAGAAGGCAAGAUAUCAAACACGGAGAUCCCUUAAGGCAGUGCAGAGGAUUCAACGCUAAAGUAGAGAAGCGUCUGAGGGAGACGGUGCAGUUUGGGGUUGAGGGCAGCAGCACUUUCCUGGAGUGCCAGCCGCGGUCCCCACAGGCCACCGUCAAAUGGCUCUACCAGAAGGAUGGCAAGCGAAAAGCACUCAAUCGAGACAAAGAGGUCUUGAAGACCGGGCAUGGCAUCCUGCUGAAAUCUCUCACCCAAUCGGAUGCCGGCCUUUAUCACUGCCUGGCAACCGAGAACAACUUCAAACACACCGUAGCACGCAUCUCCCUACGGAUUCUGGACCGGGAGAUUGUGGAGGCGUUGACCGAGUCGGAUGUCUCUGUAGAACCAGAGCACCACCGCCACCAUUCCCAUCACCACCUUCCACCCCCACCCCCUCCCCCACAGUCCAACCCACCUCCUCUCCAGCUCCACCCUCAGCCUGAAGUGCGUCUCAUCAACCAGUACUGCCAGUCCUACAGGCAGCAGAUACAAAGCCCACCACACAAAGCCAAACGCAACAACCGCAGGCACACAGGAGAACAGGAAGAGGAGGAGCUACAGGAGCAGUGAAUGGAACAGCAUCCGAGACCCUUUUGACCAUGUCCCAUCCAUGUGCCCCCUCAUUAUGUACUUCCUCCAUGCAAACUCCUAUUCAGUCCCUUUAAUAAAAUGAUUUAUUAGUCAUUCAAUUGAUUCAUUAGAUGUAUCAGACUGUGUCUGAACUAAAUUGAUUCCCAUUUUGAGGUACAGUUUGAUGCACUUAGCUCCCCUAACUAAUAUAAAUCUGGUUGUGAUGUGCUCACUUCCAUAGCUAGUGUUAGACUACACUGUUUUCUAAAUAAAUUCCUUAAAACGUUCAGCCACACCAGCAAAACUACUGCCAUAUUAUGUAAAAUAUAAGCUAUUCCCUUUUAAGAUUCAGUACACAGAUCACUGCAGUGUAAAUACUAUUAGAAUCAUUCAAAAAUAUGUUUUUGCUUUGCAUUAUAGAGGCAUCAAAAGGUGUUUGGGGUUGGAUUUAAAGAAAACUCAGAUUCAGUUGGGCAUCUCUAAACACCCAGAAUAUUAAAUACAGCGUUGGAAGAAAUGUUCUAGUACAUUGGAAGAUGUUUGGAAGUAAGUAUCUGCAAGACUAUAAUUAUAGCACAAUAUAUCUUGCCAUCAUUUUGACCACUGAAGUUUUUACUUUACUUGGCAUUUGUAGUUUUUUUAUAGCGUUUUUUUUAUUGCAAAGUCCUUUGAAGAACAGAUCCAUUUGAAUGGAGGACUAGGAGUGACAGUUAAAAAUAAAAUGAAUAUAUAUAAUAAUAUAAUAUUUAAAACAUAAAAUUGGAAAGUGAUUUAUUCCAUUUUUAUGUUUGAAUUAAUAAAUUGAUAACUUAUUUCAUUUUAUAUUUCAUUGUCAUUUUAUCUUUAAGUGUCAUUUCUAGCAUUUCUAGUCCUCCAUAUAUUUGAGCUUGAUUUUAGUCUUGAUCCAUGAAAUUGAAAGCCUAGAAGUAAGCAACUUCCACCGAAAGUGAUAUUUCUGUAUCAUUUGCAUGGUUAAACAUGUUAUUUCAGAUAAAACUUCAGAUUGAUUGUGAAUUAAAAAUCAUUAAAAAUAACAAUAUUGGUUACAAAAAAAUACAUUUAAAAUGUUUUUACAUUUCAAAUAUGUGGAUUAUCAAAAUAUGUAUCUAAUACUAAAAAUAUUAUAUAUUUAGUUUUCUUUUUGUAGUGGAACAAGCUGCUCUAAUUUCAGGAUUUGUAACAUGAUUGGAUCAUUGCCCUGGAAAUUUUAGUGUUUUAUAGGACAAAACAGUGGACCAAAAUAAAAGUCAUUGGAUUUGCGAAGAUAAAAAUGUUUAUAGGAAUUAUGCAUCAGAAUCUCUCCCUUGUAAUGAAUGAAAUCAGAUAUAGCUGUAGUGUGAAAAGCCUCAAUAUGUACUUCACAUUGCAGUUUUGAAAAUUUUCAUCUUUUAAUGUGAAAGCAACCAAAAUACGAGUCAGUUAUCCUCUUGUUUUGUCUUGUAUUGUUCGUCCCCCAGCAAACAGAGCUUCCCUGAUUUGAACUGCUGUAUAUAGAUACAGUUUUUCAGUCUGGUCUCUUCUAUCUUUGACUCUGGACUCUGAUGAUAGUCGGACCACUAAAAACAUUCUCAUUCUCAAUCCAUAAUCAAAACAUGUUGUAUUCCACGGUUUGUCAAUGGUGAUAUGUGGUCAUGUUUUUUGCUUGUGUAUAAACACAGUAUCUGUGCUUUGUGUUGUGUGACAAUGACACAUGUACAUAGAAAAUGUAUGUAUUCGACUAGUCACUGGUCAGGAUUAAAACUAACCUCCUCUCUUUCCUCAUCUCUCCCGUGACUCUCUGUCUUUCUCUUUCUCUCACCCACACCAUACAACAUAUUUAUUGUGAGAGUGUACAUAUUCAUGUGAGUUGUGCUCUUUGGUGGUGGGACAGGGCUGGUUUUGAUGGAAAUUGUCAUUUUAUGUAUUGCUUAUAAACAGGACCAGGACACAUGGAGAGAUGCUGAGGAGAAAGAGGUAGAUGUUUUUGGAGUAACUGUAAUAGUAUUUUAACAUUGAAACACAUUUAAAUUAACCUUGGGGUUCUCAAGAAAAAAAAUAUGAGUAAAAAAUCAGUUCAUUUCAUCAGUUGGCAUUAAAUGUGAGCUGAUAAUUGUUCUGAAAAUGUAACAAAAUUUUUGGGGGGCACACAACACAAUUCAUAUUUGCCGAGUGUUUUAAGCCAGAAAUGUCUACCUCUUUGAGCACUUUCUAUGGAAUAUCACUUGGCACCAAACUAAAGGACUAAGGCAAAGAAAAUGUGUUGUAUAAUUUUCUUCUGGAAACAUCUACUUUGUCUGGUCUACUAAUGUCAUUAUUUUGAAAGGAUAAGAGACUGUUUCUCUUCAUUGGAUGUUGGAGGCAUAUUUAUAAUGACUGUGUAUAAAAAGCGCUCAAUGAAGCGCUCUGUGGUUUCAAUCCCAGACAUGUUAUCUUGUCUUGAAGGGUGAAGAACUAACUCUAAGUCCAAACCACAUUUCUUUUCUCUCCACAGAGAUGUUAUUGUGCAGAAUGACAUUUGAGUCUGUCUCUGAGGAACUUUAAUGCCACAUAGACUUUCUUUGUUCUGUUGUGUCUUUCCUUUGGUGUUGGCUGUUGAACUAAACAGAAACUUCCUAAAUAUGGUUGCUUCUUGAAUAUUUCCUCUUUGUAUUUACAUAUGUUUGUGUAGGUUUGUGUUAAUGUGAUUGUUUGUGAUAAAUAUUAUUUUAUUAUCAUGGUAUUCUGGGGUUUGGGAUAGGUGUUUUUUAAAGCAAUAACAAUAAACUGCUGUUUUCGUUUUUA